ACCACUUGGGUUGCGUGCUCUCUCUCUCUCUCUCUCUCUCUCAGAAACACUUUCUCGGCCGCUCUUUCUAAGUACCCUCAUUCUGCUUUACUCUUCUCUUCCACUCUCACUGUCUCUCUUCCAAGCUCGCCGCCUCUCUCUCUCUCUCUUCGCUGGCUGUCCAACCAUGGCUAUCAACAAAGAAUCUGUGCCUCCGCCGGUGAUCGGCAAGAUUGGACCCUACACGGUGUUCAUGACCCCACCAUCCACUCCCAAGCCAGCCGAGCCCCCAACUCCCGUUUUCGAACCGCCGAAGAAGGCGGUGCCUCCGCCGGUCCAGCCGCCGCCGCAGCAAUUCGAGAAGCCUCCGCAAAAUGGGUCCUUUCUGGGGUUCUUCAAGAAUGCUGUCAACAGAGUGCAAGAUGCUCACUCAAGCUUGGAUGACCAUGUGGCGCGUUGGUUUGGUUUGAACCAAUCGAAGUAUCAGUGGGCAUUGGACGAUUACUAUGAAAACAAAGGAUUGGAAAAGGAAUGUAUCAAAACUAAAGAAAUUUCAAGCAAGCAACAGAAUGUGUAACUUACUCAAAGAGGAAACCAUGCCGAGUUUAGCAGUGCUUGAACUCUUAUUAAGAACUUGUUGCUGAUUCAGAGUUAUAGGAUCUUGGGACCUUCGUUCAGGCAAGGCACCACUCUACUCCUUACUUCCACAAUCUUCUAGUUGUGAUAUAGGUUGAGGUCCUGUCAUAUCAUCUGAAGGCGACUUUUCCCAUCAAGAUAUAUCUAUGGUAGUCGAAUCUAGUUCUGUUCAAAUCCUGAAGAGAUCGGAAUAUGUGGACUAUUGUUAGUAAUUUCUGGUGUUUUAUGUUUAAGAAUGUGAAAAGUUGGAAAGUUCACACUGAUAUCCCCAAGAAGUUCAUAGUUCUGAAUUCUUCGUGUGCUGCUCAGUAGGAACAUCUGCAGGACUAUUUCUCCUGCAUAGUCCCUCUGUUUCGCCUGCUAUUACGAUAAAAUAUUCCUGCUCGUGGACUUACAAAGUGAAUUCUACUUUUGGGCCUGUUGUUUUUAGUAGUGAUUGUGAGUCUCUAUUCACACGGACAUUUAUUCGACUGAUUUACUAGAAGAAGUCGCUUAUAGAUGUUACAGGUUGGAAGUAUAAUGUCCAGAGUGGUUUGAGUGUUUUUGUUCCAUGUUUAUCUUUUGUUGGAGCUAGAACUCAAUUAUUCUCAAAUUCUACUUAGUUUGCAG